AUGGCGAGCGUUGCGGAGGACGGGUCCAACUAUCGAGUCCUCGUGACUGGCUUCGGACCGUACGGAAACACCCAAAUAAAUCCGUCUCUGGCGGUCGUCAACGCGCUGAAGUCAAACCGAGACGGGAGCCGCGGCUACGAGGUAGUCGCGCGCCAGGUUUCGUGCGAGUUCAACAAAUGCAUCGAAGAGGCGGCCGCGUUCAUCGACGAGCUCGCGCCUAACGCGGUUGUGAUGCUCGGCGAAUAUCCAGGACGCGCGAUGGUGACCGUCGAGCGUGUCGCGAUCAAUUAUAAUGAUUCGACGCGCUAUGGCGUCUGUGACGAAGCGGGAUACGCGCCGCAGGGUACCAAAGUCGUCGAAGACGGCCCGGCCGCGUACCUGUCGACGCCUGUGUGGAAACCAAGUCUAGGCGCCCCACGCCAUCGACGUGAUGUUGUCCCCGUCCACACAGGUCAACGCUUCCCCUCCGCCGCAUCGUGCGCGACCUGCGCGCCGCCGGAAUUCCGGCCGACAUCUCGGGCGACGCCGGGACGCUGAUGUGCAACCACCUCAUGUACGGCGUCCUGGACGCGUGCUCCGGCCGGGACAUCGUCGCCGGGUGGGUCCACCUCCCGGCGCUGCCGGUUCGACUCGGCGUCCUCAUUUUGGGGUCGCGUCGAUGGCGUCGAGCUCCACGCCGCCGAUGCGAUGUGUUGGUCACACACAGGAAAUGGCGGCAAAAGAUGAGAACCUCGGGAUGCCGUCGAUGACGGCGGAGCUCUCGACGCGAGCCGUCCUGAGCGUCGUCGCGUCCGUCGUCGAAGGCUCCAAGCAGGGCGACAUCCCGGACGCCGUCAAGAGCCGGCUGUUAGUCUAAUACUCUUCUUAAAGCAAGGACUACC